UAUAUUAAUAAAAAUAAGCCUUUACCCAAAAAAUAAAAUAAUAUUCAAUAAAAAAUGCCUCCUAAAAAGAAAAUUGACCCAGAACUUUAACAAUAAUAAUUUGAAUAAUACUUAUAAACUGACGAAUACAAGAAAUGGGAAGAGUUAAACUAUCAUUUCAAAAAAUACGAUCGAGUUACUGAAACAACCGUUGAUAUAAAUGGUCCCUGGUAACCAUUUUUUGAUGAGCUUAUGAGUUUUUUCACAUUAUUAAAAAUUAAAACAGGAAAAAUUAAAGAACUAAAACACGAAUAUAUCCGUUCUUUUUUUUCGCUAGAGAUGAUAAAGAAGGAGAAAAAAUUUACAUCUAUAUAGAUGGAAUCAGAGCAGCUGCCCCUAAAUAGUAUGCAGAUGAUGCUUGGACAUUAAGGCAUAAAUAUUGUUCAAUUACAAAAGCAAUAGGAUUUGGAAGAUUCGACAACUUUUAAUGCAUAAACGUAUUUAAUAGUAAAAAAAACUUACAAAAAACUAUUCAAGAGUUUUUUAAAUAUUUCAAUAAACACUGCAAAUCUGGACAUAAGGAAAUUUAUGAACCUAUAAUGUUUAAAGUAUUAGAACCUCUUUCAAAUCUUAUAUAAAUAAAUUCAUAACUAGUUUUAUUUAAUUUAAAAUAUAAAAAUGAAUUAGAUAAAGAAGUAAUUAUUUUUUUAUUUUUUUUUUAAAUAAAUAAAUAUAAGAUUCGCUCUUUCAAAUUAAAAGCAAUUGUAGAAAAAUACUGUGCAGCCUUACAAGAAGUAGUCCGUAUAUUUUCGUAAGAAAACAAAACUCCUAAACCAAUCCCAACUCCAAAUCUGAAAAAAUUAUUUUAUAAAUUAUCAUAUAAAGGUUGGAAUGAAAAUCCUUGUGAAAAACUAUAUAUUAAACCAUUAAAUGAUAGUUUUCUACAAAUCCAAAAAAUAUUAUGGAAACUGUACGCAAACGGAAUAAAUUAUUGGCGAAUUCCAUUAAAUUCAAACGAAGAAUUAUUAGAAGAAACCAUCAAAUUAUUAAAUGCUGAAUUAAUAGCUGAAAGAUUAAUAGGUGUACCGAUCCGCCGUGAACUCUUUAACUUUAUGUAUAAAGUAGUAGAAAUAAUAAAAAAUGCAAAUGAAUAUUUAUCACAUAAUCUCUUAAAUAAAGACGAACGUACAAUAUCGGGUUCAAUACCAAAAUUAAUCGUUUUCAAGAUAAUAUAGUACAUGAGAAAUUGGAAAGAUAAAAAAAAAGAAAACGAAGAAAAAAAUAAUGAGAGUCAAAAAAGAAUAGAAAUAAUAAAUUAAAAAAAAGAAGAAUCUGCAAUUUAGAAAAGAAUAUUCAAAAUUAAUGACUUAAGUAUUUAGAUAGUACAUUAAACGAUAGUAUGCUUACAAUCAUACAUCUACUUAGCUUUCAUAUUUAAAAUCAUGCAAAAUUCACUUAUGGCGAAAACUAAUAUAAAAUCUCCUACAAAUAAAUAACUUAAUUUAAUUUUGUGA